GGUGUAAAGAUCUACAUCGAUGAUGAGUAAGGCUAAUAAAGAAUCUACUGAUGCCGUAAAUAACAGAUUUUCUGUACUCAACUCAACAAUAAGCAUGGAUGUUUAUCAAAAAUUGCUGCGAAAUAGUCGAAUAUUGGAAAAGAUCUUGGGUUAUCUUAGUCUGGAGGAGCAAUUGGAGUGCUUACGUGUCUGCAAUGAAUUUCAUGCGGUUAUAACAAAAGUGUUGUGGAGGAAAUAUUGUCAAGAUUUGAAUAUUUACAAAACGCCAUAUGUUAGCCUCAUCACCGAUACCAGGCAAGUUGAGAAUGUCUGGCCAGCUGCCGGUGCUGCUCAGCUGAAGGAGAUGUCGGAGCCCAAAACCUGUCUGACCUUUGAGCAAUGUAAUACCUUUCUAAUGCAAAUUGGUGCUAAGGUACGCCAUUUGGGUGUGUUCUCGGAGUAUGCUAACUUUGAACGCAAAUUGGGUGUAGCCUUUCGCUACAUACAAGUUUUCCAAAAUCUACGAGUGCUAAGUUAUCAUCGCAUAGUAGUAUCUGACAAUCAGUUGGCGCUAAUGGCCCGCCAUUGUAGAAAAUUGCAAAAACUGAAGUUCAUCGAGUGUACUUGUGGAGCGUUAAAGACCUUGGUGCCGGGCCGAAAUUUUAAUGCAAGCCAUUUCAUCAAAAUGCCGCAAUUGCGGGAGCUCAUGCUGCAGUGCAAAUUGACUUCACCUUUGGUUGAGGUGGAAAGCCAUGUGCUGCAUGAAAUGCUUUCCAAACUGAAGCUGAGAUCUUUGAUAAUGAAGAAUUUCAAAGUGGUAGAUGGAGGCCAGGAUACGGUGCGCAUUGGCAAUGGCGAAAGUUUGGAAGUUUUUAAUGCUGGCAUUAUUUCGCUGGGAUUCUGGCCUGAUUUCAAGCAUCACCUGAAAGAUUUUGGUAAUCUGCGAAAGCUAACCAUCAAUGUUAGGAACUGUUAUACUUUGGUUAACUCUUCGGUUUUGGAAUUGCUGACCACCAGUUGCCGCAAGUUGCGCAACUUAUCGCUGGAGAACUGUGAUCUGUAUAUAGAGGACUUUGGCAUUGUCAGCUCGCUGGAGCAUUUGACACUUUUAUCCUGUGGUGGCUUCACCGCUGCUAAUCUGCAACAGGUAUUGCAGGAUCUUCCCCUGCGUUCAUUGUCAUUGACCAAUACCCGUGUCUUGGGCACCAUAACAAGGGCUCGCAUAUCGCCUGCAUUGAAUGUUCUGCUGGUGGAUACCAUAUAUUUUCGCCCCAUUUCGGAGGUGUUUCAGCUCAAUCCAAACACCAUUACCAGCCUGCACACCAUUAAAUGGGCCAAUGGAGACAUAAAGGACUCUUGGCUGCUUGACAAAUGCCCACAGCUGAAAAAACUGCACAUACCCAAUCCCUAUUUGAUUCGCCACAAUCUAUUGAAGAUGACAUCCUUAGAGGAAUUGUCUUUUACCUCAUGCAAAGGAUGCUCUUGGUGUUUCCUGCUGCUGCUGAUAAAGAACCUCAAGCUAAGGCGCCUUCAUGCACAGACCUCGGAGGGCAUAGAUGAGCAGAAAGAGGUGCCACAAAAUGCCUGCGAGGUGAAAACUUCGUUGAAGGAAAUUCUGAUGCCCUUUCACAUGUUCAGGGCAGCUCAGGAUUUCUGGUUGGAUUUGUUAAGCCUAAAUCGUCAAAUGCGACUUAUCUUCUUUGGCGACUAUGAUGAUAUGAUAAACAUUAAUUUUUUACGGGAUUUCGUAAGAUCCCCAUAUGUCUGCAAUAACCUCAAACAGAUGCGCAUAUGUGGUCUGGUCAUGGAUACCGAUUAUAUGCGAAAUUAUUUCGCCUGUACUCUACAGGAGCUUGGUACAAAUCUCAGCCACUAUAGAGUAGCCAAUUUAAAGAUAACUAUUGAAAUAUAAUAAAACAGAUACUUGUGCAGUGAUUAGCAAGA